CACCGAGUAUGUUUUAAUCGUCAGCCUAGAUUGUGCGAGAUGAAGGAAUCUCAGAAAAAUAACAUGAUAAGCUGACCAGUGCAGGCUGCAUACUGAAACUAAAGAUGAAGUUCUCGGUGACAUUGGAGGGUCAAAAAGAGUCAAAAUUAGACGGCCAUAUGAAUUCGAAGUCAGAGGGCAACGCAGAGUCUAAACAAGGGACCCGGACAGUGUCAAAGCAAGAGGGCAGACUUAAGUCAAAGCAAGAGGGCAGACUUAAGUCAAAGUCAGAGGGCAGACUUAAGUCAAAGCAAGAGGGCAGAAUUAAGUCAAAGUCAGAGGGCAGACUUAGGUCAAAGUCAGAGGGCAGACUUAAGUCAAAGUCAGAGGGCAGACUUAAGUCAAAACAAGAAACCAACACAGAGUCAAAGCCAGAGGGCAACACAGAGUCAAAAACAGGGAACAAAAAAGAGUUAGCAUCACAGGGUCGAAUUAAGUCAAAGCCAUUGGGCAACGGAGGGUCAAAACAAGAGACUCAAACAGAGUCAAAGCCAGAGGGCCAAAAACAGUCAAUACCAGAGGACCAAAUACAGUCAACACCAGAGGGCCAAAUACAGUCAACACCAGAGGGCCAAAUACAGUCAGCACCAGAGGGCCCAUUACAGUCAACACCAGAAGGCCAAAUACAUUCAUCACCAGAGGGCCAAAUACAGUCAAAACCAGUAGGCAAAAUACAGUCAAAACCAGAGGGCCAAAUACAUUCAUCACCAGAGGGCCAAAUACAGUUAACACCAGAAGGCAAAAUACAUUCAUCACCAGAGGGCCAAAUACAGUCAAAAUCAGUAGGCAAAAUACAGUCAAAACCAGAGGGCCAAAUACAGUCAAAACCAGUAGGCAAAAUACAGUCAAAACCAGAGGGCCAAAUUCAUUCAUCACCAGAGGUCCAAAUACAGUCAAAACCAGUAGGCAAAAUACAGUCAAAACCAGUAGGCAAAAUACUGUCAAAAGCAGAGGGCCAAAUACAGUCAAAACCAGAGGGCAAAAUACAGUCAAUACCAGAGAACCAAAUACAGUCAAUACCAGAGGACCAAAUACAGUCAACACCAGAGGGCCAAUUACAGUCAACACCAGAGAGUCAAAUACAGUCAACACCAGAGGGCCAAAUACAUUCAACACCAGAGGGCCAAUUACAGUCAACACCAGAAGGCCAAAUUCAUUCAUCACCAGAGGGCCAAAUACAAUCAAAACCAGUAGGCAAAAUACAGUCAAAACCAGAGGGCCAAAUACAUUCAUCACCAGAGGGCCAAAUACAGUCAACACCAGAAGGCCAAAUACAUUUAUCACGAGAGGGCCAAAUACAGUCAAAACCAGUAGGCAAAAUACAGUCAAAAGCAGAGGGUAAGACAGAAUCUGCGUGUUUGAAAAUAGACCUCACAUCUGCACCUGAUUUAUUGACGGACACAAGUAGUUUUCUUAUACAGGUAGCCCGUAACGACACCCAUGUUAUAUUUCAAAUAUUCAUAAAUAGAGUGCACGAAGGCCAGCAUAUCCAUUACAAGUGUCCAUACUUGCCUGCUCGUCCAUCACGCAUAACAGUAGUGGUUUAUGUACUAGAAAACAACAAACAUUCGUACACGGUCAGGGGAGGAGGCAAAGCUGCUGUAGCCGCUACCACAGGUACCGAACUUUCCUUGAAACUUACGCUAAAUCAGUGUGAUCCGUACCUGGAUCUGCACAUCAAGGACGCGGCAGAGAUUUCAUAUUGUUUUGAUGUCGAAUGUAUAGGACCAGAAAAGUACAUGAUGUCAAAUUUAGAGCACCUUAACCCUAAGAACGACGCCUUCAUCAUCAUCAUUCACCAGAGUUAUCCGUCCUUGACUUACGUCAUUCUGUACACCAGCACGUCAAACUUAACCUUCCCAUUCAGUAUUCUGCCAGCUACAGUGUACAGCGUGGUCGUGUUCAACGUGAAAAUCAUCCCAGUUGAUGCAUUUCUAGGAUAUUCACAUUCAAAGAUGUACCAGUUCCGUUCGUGCAUGACUCAAAACGAAAUAAUGGAGCUGUAUUUCAAAGCAGUUAGAUACCUUUCAAGACGACCUCGUGCUUUUGAUGUAAUUCCCCAUUUUUACCGUAAUAAGUCUCCUGAAUACUUUCAUGACAUAAUGUGGAACCGCAUGGGUGUGAUGCACAAAUACGACAAGAACUGGGGCGGCGAUCAGGCGUCGACACUUAACCAGAAUAUCAAGGGUCUUUUCUUCAGUUCUCAGAUCGACCCAAACACGGGGCGGCUUCCAGACUUCUCCUACUACGGCCCGGUCAGGUUACAUGUCCCGUCAAAGGCUUUCCUUCACCAGAACAUGAACAUGUACUUCGCUGACUUUUACUGUCAUUACGUUAACCACAAGGUUCAGUUUGUAUUGACGGUCAAAGGAAGUGCCACAGACCAGUUCUGCAGUGAACGUUUGUUGUUGGUCGACCAGGAACACAAUCCGUUCCUUGUUCGUGUUGGUAGCGGUCACCAAAGUUUCAUAAAGGUGACAAAGAACAUCACCGUGGAGUUGUUCUACACAGAAGACGUGCCUAUAAAAACUCUCAUGCUAUUGUUCCCGGGGCAGGUAUUUUUUCUGCAGACAAUACAAAAGGGAAAAGCCAAAUCUAUGGUCAUUGGUAUCCCUAAAAACAAGGACUGUAAGGUUUGUAAUUUGGACUGUUUUCUCCGAGCCAGACAAGCAGUACACGGACGCUAAAACGUAACAGCACUGUUAAAAUAUACUGCCAUAAAGGUGUAUCUGUAUCAACACAAACUGUGAUAGUUGUAUUGGAUUAGUACAUCACUACGACAUACAAAACACAUUAUUUGUAUCAGUGUACAGUUGCUAGGGGCAAAUGGCGAAUAUAAGUGUAUAUCUGCCAAAUAUUCGACGUAUAUACGUAUGAAUUAAAACACAUCAUUAUUGCCUUUUAAUUGAAAUUUUAAUAACUGUAUUACAAAGCAAAGAAAGAAAUAGAAACAACUAUCUAAAAUAUGUAACUCGAUCUAAAAAGCAAAAAAUUAUUACAAAAGUAAAUCAAAAUUUAACUGCUGUGCUAAAGUAAGUUGCAUGUAAACUUGCAGUGUAGUUUCAUAAUUACUUUGAAUUGUUUCGGUGUUCUUCAUUAAACAUUAAACAU